UCGGAGUUUAGGAUAUGAACUGUACAUUUGAUGUCAAGUUUCAUCCCGUUUACACCACUCUGAAAACAAGAUAUGAUCAUAAGAGUGGUCAAUUCGUUCCCCUAUAAAAGCCUCCAAGAAGCUAAAGUAUCCAUCACCGCCAGAUAGAAAAAAUAAGCAGUCCCAUUCCUUUUUCUAGGAAAAUGGCAUCGAAAUCCAUCAUUGCUUUGACAUUUCUGUCUUCGACCAUCUGUGCGCUUGUUGUCGGUGCGAAUGCUGGUGGAAUUGCCAUCUACUGGGGCCAGAAUGGGAACGAGGGAACGCUGGCAGAAACAUGCGCCUCUGGAAACUACCGUUUUGUCAACCUGGCCUUCCUUGCGACAUUCGGUAAUGGUCAGACUCCCAUGAUCAACCUCGCUGGCCACUGUGACCCUUACAGCAAUGGAUGCACGGGUUUGAGCUCCGAUAUCAAGUCGUGCCAGGCGAAGGGGAUCAAGGUGAUGCUCUCGAUUGGAGGAGCUGCGGGGAGUUACUCCCUCACCUCCUCGGAUGAUGCAAAGCAGGUUGCAACGUACCUUUGGAAUAAUUUCCUGGGGGGCAAGUCGUCUUCCCGUCCCCUGGGCGAUGCUGUCCUUGACGGGAUAGACUUCGACAUCGAAGGAGGAAAUGGAAUGUACUGGGACGAUCUUGCCAGGUACCUGUCUGGAUACAGCAAAAAGGGGAAGAAGGUAUACCUCACUGCAGCUCCUCAGUGUCCUUUCCCGGAUGCAUACGUCGGAGGUGCACUUAAGACAGGCCUAUUCGAUUAUGUCUGGGUCCAGUUCUACAACAACCCUCCAUGCCAGUACAGCUCCGGGAGUGCAACCAACUUGGAAGACUACUGGAAGACAUGGACUUCGAUUCCCGCCACAGAAAUAUUCCUGGGGUUGCCCGCAGCGCCUGACGCAGCAGGAAGCGGCUUCAUUCCAGUGUCUGAUCUGACUUCCAAUGUGCUCCCGGCUAUCAAAGGUACUUCCAAGUAUGGAGGCGUGAUGCUGUGGUCGAAGUACUACGACGACCACACCGGAUACAGCAAAGCCAUCAAGAGUGAUGUCUAAUAUAAAUAUAUAUAUAUAUAUAUAAAUAAAUAAAUAUAUAUAUGUAUAUAGCAUUGUUCUUAUGUGCUGUGAUCACAGGUUGUCUGCUAUAAAGUAUGUAGAAUUUAUUCAGAGCCGCGUGAUGUUAUGUACGUGCAAUGUUCACUCUUGUAAACAUUCGGACUUGUUCCAUGGCAACUCGUUCCUCCUUUUUGUUUACUUGUGAUAUCUUAUCGAGCGUCUUCCUCCCCGGUUUUGAGAAAUGGUCAAGUAUAGUUAGUGAGGCAGGGUACAAAACAUAACUUUGUUUUCUCUGCAAAUCAAGCGGGCAAGUUGUUAUUGGAAAAUAUCAACCCAAUAUGGUUGGCUUGGUAGUUAAUGGGUGUGACUCCCAUUGAGAAGUUCCACCCA